AUGGUUGACAUAUCCGUUUAUCCAGCUUGGGUAGACUGUGAUAAGAGGUUCAAGUGCGUGCCACCUCUCCUGAUACAAAACCCUCGUGAACUGGAUGUAAAAGAUCUGAGAUUUAAUGAUGGAAACGGGUCACCUGCAACUUUGCCUCUAAUUCAGAAUCGGAUCAUGACCCGAGUUGUUCGUGACCGGAUACUUAAGGACGCUAAUGGCGAUAUCUCCGAUCAUCUCCGCAACCAUAUCCAUUUAACAAAUUGUAUUCACUUGAAAAACCAUAUGCACAAAAACAGCCCUAUAAUCAGCGACAGGUCCCUAAUUAGGGACCUCGUCGUUCUUCAAAGGUCACGAUCUUUAAAGGAUCCCUCCAUGAGUCCACCCGCUUUUCAAUCUCAUUCCGCCGUUGAUGCUGGUGGUGGUGGUGGAGGAGGACGCAGGUCUACUGGUUUUUCCGGCAACUUUUCUGGCAACUCCUCCUCAAAUCGAAGAAACAAGAAACAAGAAUCAAGCGGGGAUUCUCCACUUGAUGCUGCAAAUUUAGCUCGUGAUAUUUAUCCAGGAAGCUCUGAUAACAAAAGCAAACAAAAAGGGCGUAAAAUCAAACAAGAUGAUCCUUCAAAUGAUGUCCCAAUCGAUAGUGACAACAAUGUUGGUUCAUCACACAACCGUUUACAUGAAUCAAGCAUCCACAGCCAUGGUCAAAAUCGGGUCAAACGACGAAGGUUUCGAGGUGGAAGAAGAGUUUCCCGAGCACCCAAAAGUACCGAAAUGCCCAUGUCCAUGCCCAAUCCCAUUUCCAUGUCCACCUCCAUGUCCAUGGCGUCUAAUUUCAUACCUCAUGGUGGUGACCAAAACCUGACCGGAAAUCUGCCCGGAAAUAUGCCCGGAGUUCCAAAACAAGGUUGUGGAAUCCCCUGGAAUUGGUCCCGGAUUCACGAUCGAGGAAAAUCUUUUCUCGAUAUCGCCGGAAGAAGCCUCUCAUGCGGUUUAUCAGACUCAAGGUCAAAACGCACCGGUCAACACAACUCCGGCCAAAUUCCGGCGAUCUCCGAUCACUCCACCUCCUCCACAAACGGCGAAUCACUCCCAUUACUAAUCGACGGGUCACAAGAAAGCCCGGAAAACCCCGCCGCCUGGGUGCACGAUUAUUCCGGCGAGUUAGGGCUCUACGCCGACCACCUUUUAAACACCGAUCUCGACUCCGAUCUCGCCUCCGAAGCCCGCUCCGGUGGCCGGAAACGCAACUCCGGCCACCAGAAUCUCACUCAAAAGUACAUGCCAAGAACAUUCCGGGACCUCGUGGGACAAAAUCUCGCAGUCCAAGCUUUAUCAAACGCGAUCGCGAGAAAAAAAGUCGGGUUGCUUUAUGUGUUCUACGGGCCCCACGGCACCGGGAAAACAUCGUGUGCGCGUAUAUUUGCACGUGCUUUGACUUGUCAAUCUUUUGAUCACCCAAAACCGUGUGGUUUUUGUAGUUCUUGUGUGGGACAUGAUAUGGGUAAGGGUAAGAAUAAGAACCGGAGUGUGAUCGAAGUGGGACCCAUGAAUAAUCUUGGGUAUAAAAGUAUGAUGGAGUUGAUUGAAAACACGAUUGGUUCGAAUUUGCGAUCUCAUUAUCGGGUGUUUAUAAUUGAUGAUUGUGAUUCUUUGAUUCCGGAUUUUUGGAGUGCGAUAUCUAAGGUUAUUGAUCGAGCUCCCAGGCGUGUGGUUUUUGUACUGGUUAAUUCGAGUCUUGAUGUUUUGCCACAUAUGAUCGUUUCCAGGUGUCAGAAGUUUUUUUUCCCAAAAUUGAAGGAUGCGGAUAUUAUUUAUACGUUACAAUGGAUUGCUACUAAAGAAGAGUUUGAAAUUGAUAAAGAUGCGUUAAAACUUAUUGCCUCGAGGUCCGAUGGGUCUUUGAGGGAUGCUGAAAUGACACUCGAGCAGCUUAGUUUGCUUGGCCAAAGAAUUUCGGUUCCUCUUGUUCAAGAAUUGGUUGGACUUAUAUCUGAUGACAAGUUAGUUGACCUAUUGGAUUUAGCAUUGUCAGCAGACACAGUCAAUACAGUCAAACAUUUACGAGAAAUUAUGGAAUCGGGUGUCGAGCCAUUAGCUUUAAUGUCACAACUUGCAACCGUAAUAACCGAUAUUCUUGCCGGAAGUUACAAUUUCAUGAAAGAAAGGCCAAGAUGGAAAUUCUUUCGACGACGUGUAAUAUCAAAAGAAGAUAUGGAAAAGCUGCGAUUAGCAUUGAAGACGUUAUCGGAAGCAGAAAAGCAACUCAGAAUGUCGAAUGACAAGUUGACUUGGUUGACCGCCGCGUUGUUGCAGCUUGCACCUGAUCAGCAGUACGUGUUGCCGGAAUCCUCCACGGGUACUAGCGGCCGCCACAGUCCGGUGGUGGUAAAUAAUGGCGGUGGAAGAGAUGGAUCCCGGAAAAGAAAGAUGAAAUCACUUAGUCUUGGUGCAGCUCCAACAGUUCAACUUAUUUUCACUUCACACGCAACAAAAUCAAAGGCAGAGAAAUUCAAAACACACAUUUUGAAAGCGUUUGAGCAUGUUCUUGGAUCACCUGUUACAAUAGAAAUCAGAAGUGAAUCAAGAAAAGAAACCCAACUCAUAUUACCCACAUCCCAACAAGACUCAUAUGCAAAACAAAGAAGUGAGAUCAUUGAAGUAGAGGCUUCUCCAAGAGAACAAAAAUCCAUGUUGCAUAUUGAUAAUGAUCAUAAAGUAGAGGCUACACCAUCUCAUAAGAAUUCAAGUUUUCAAACAAGAUUAGGAGAACAAAAUCAAUCCAUGAGUCUUGUAAGAGGGAAAGUGUCUCUUGCAAAUGUGAUUCAACAGGCGGAAUCACAGAGAAAUGGUUGGUCCACACGUAAAGCUGUUUCCAUUGCUGAAAAGCUUGAACAGGAGAAUCUGAGAAUGGAGCCGAGAUCAAGAAGCUUGUUGUGCUGGAAGGCAUCUAGAGUUUCACGUCCGAAGAUUUCGCGAUUGAAAUUUAGAACAAGAAAACCACGGGCCUUGUUGAGAUUUGUGUCUUGUGGGAGGUGUCUUUCAACUAAAUCACCGAGGUAAUACAAGAAAUGCGUUCAAACGUGUGUCAUUUUCUCAAAUUUUAAGCAUUAAUUUAUGGGUCAACUAGGGUUCACUAAUAAGAGAGAGGCAAGUCCAAGAACAAUGAAAAGGCAAAUGUGCAUUUCUUAUAUAUUUUCUAGUUUUCGAUGUUCUUUGUAGUUAAAAAUGGCAUUCUUUGAUGAAAUAUUUAGGGUUAUGUUAUUUAAUUGUACUAUAGAUUUAAGAUUCAAGAAAGGUCAAAAGCCCAAAUUUAUGUUGUUUAUUUUGUAAUCAAUGGGAAGAAGUAUUUGAGUUUUACUUAAAAAGUGUAUGGGUCGUGGGUUUUGGCGUUUGGGAUGCGAUCCAAAUUCCGAAUAAAGUGACGAAGACAUGGGUUUUAUUUGGUUGGUGUGAAAAGCUAUUUUUAUUUGAUUAUUUGGAUUCUUUGAUGGCGAAAUAUACAAGUGUCCAUGUAGUUUUGUUGGCCCC